ACAAAAUCACAAAGAUCAUAAUAUACUAACUAGUAUAGAAGCCAUGGGUAGAAAGCCUUGUUGUUCUAAAGAAGGAUUAAACAAAGGGGCAUGGACUCCAAUAGAGGAUAAAAUUCUAACAGAUUACAUCAAAGUUCAUGGUGAAGGGAAAUGGAGAAAUCUUCCCAAAAAAACUGGUCUUAAAAGAUGUGGAAAGAGUUGCAGACUAAGGUGGCUAAAUUAUCUAAGGCCAGACAUUAAGAGGGGAAAUAUAACUCAAGAUGAAGAAGAUCUCAUUAUCAGACUUCAUAAGCUUCUUGGAAACAGAUGGUCUCUGAUAGCCGGAAGGCUACCAGGACGAACAGACAAUGAAAUCAAGAAUUACUGGAACACCAACAUUGGCAAAAAACUCCAAGAAGGAAUAUCUUCGAAUCGUCAGCGCCCUCGCUCUAGUCAUGCCAAAUCAGCUAAGCCGAAUCCAAUUGCACAACAACAAAAAAUUAAUCAAGAACACACAGUUCCUCAUGAUUCACAGUACUUGCUACAAACGGACGUUGGAAACGGAGGAUCAUCGUCUUCCUCCUCCCCGUGUGUGGUCGUCCGCACAAAGGCAAUUAAGUGCACUAAAGUCUUUAUCAGUCCACAAAAUACUGAUCAGUCAAUUUAUGAGACUACUGAAAAUGAUAACAAUGAUAAGGCAAUGGCAGAGGAAAAUGUGAUAACUAAUAUUGUAACGUCCUCAUCAUCAUCGUUAUCUAUUUCAUCAUUGUCCGAGCAGCAGCAACAACAACAACAAGUAUCAGGAUCAUAUUCUCCAACAAAUUUGUCCGGAGAACUGGAAAAUUAUAACUAUAAUUUCAUGUUCGGUUUUGAUGUUGACGAUCCUUUUCUUUCUGAGCUUCUUAAUGCACCUGAUUUACGUGACCAAAUUUUGGAAAAUACUACAAGUACUGUUGUUGGUCAUGAAGUUGGAGAUAGCAAUUACAACAAAAACGAAAAGGAAAGGAGCUAUUUUUUUCCUCCAAUUUCUAGUCAAAUUGCUAUGUUCUCAGAAGAGACGCAACACAACGAUUUGGAACUUUGGAUUAAUGGAUUCUCUUCUUGAUUAAUUUUAUUAUUGAUGAUGAUGAACUGGCUUCAAAACAUGACUCUUAAAUAUCCACUCAUGCAAUUGUUAUUAGAGUCAGAUUCAAAAUUUAGAAUCAGUGAAUCUGACGAUGUUUAUAUGUAAUUAUUUUUAUUUCCUUUCAUAUAUGUACAAGGUGACGCACUACGUCUACUUUAAAUCCGCCACUCAGUUGUAUUAUGUACGAAAUGUUUUUAGUUUAUUUGAAUUUGAAUUAAUGUAUUUGAUGUUUGUGGGGAU